AUGGCAGGACAAUCAGCAAGUUUUGAAAAAUAUCAGGAACAUGCAGGGGCUAAAAAAUUGUCCAAGGAAAUCGAAGGUAUGAUAAAAAACUUAGAUACACUCCCAGUAUCAUCACCUAAACAUUGUUGUAUCUACAAGGUUAAAGAUCACAUUCGCAAAUCGAACGAAAAAGCUUAUACUCCUCAGGUAAUAUCAAUUGGGCCUUUCCAUCAUUAUAACCCAACAUUGCAAACAAUGAAAAGGUUUAAAUUGAGUUAUCUAAAGAGUUUCACGGAACGAGCCGAAAGAAAGUUGAAAGAUAUAGUAAGCACUAUAAAAAGUGCAGAAGAAAGUGUUCGGGAAAGUUAUUCGGAGACUAUACAAUAUCUUGACAGUGAUGAUUUUGUGAAAAUGAUCCUGCUUGAUGCCAGCUUCAUUAUCGAGUAUUUCUGGAAAAACAAGACGCUAAACUGGACCGACGAAGACCGGGAAAUAUUAGAGCCGUGGUUGUGCAAUAGGAUGCAGAUGGACUUCAUCUUACUUGAAAAUCAGCUUCCUUUCUUUAUUAUUGAGAAAAUAUAUGACAUUGCAUUUCCAUCUCUCUCAAAAAACAACCCCUUCAUUGAGCUUACCUUUCGCCAGUUCGAAUAUUACAACGUUCAAAUUUCCCAAUAUUCUCCGUCGACAAAAAUAUUGCACUUCACUGACUUGGUUAGAAACUUUUGCAUGCCUCCUAGCGAAAGGCGACUGAAAGGAAAGUCUCAAAAGAUGAUGGAAAUAUGCAGUGCAGCCCAGCUGGUUGAGUUAGGAUUGAAGUUCAAGAAGAGAGAAUCAAGCAAUAAUAUUAAUUGGUCACCUCUUGAGCUAAAAUAUGCGGACGGAGUGCUGGAAAUCCCACGCUUUCAAUUAGACGAUACCACGGAGAUUUAUGCUCGAAACCUCGUUGCCUUGGAGAAAUAUCACCAUCCUUAUAAAGAUGAGGCAUAUAUUACUGAUUACUAUACCCUGUUAAGUUUCCUUAUCAAAACAGUCAAAGAUAUGGACGUACUUGUACGAGAGCAGAUCAUCGAUAACUGGCUGGAUGGCGUCGUGGCAACUUCAAUGAUCAACAAACUGUCCGGUGAAAAAUGUUUCAAUAUCCAAACCAACUCUCAUUAUCACAAGAUGGCUGAAGAGUUGAACAAAUUCUAUACAGACCGCGCGAGAAUGACUUAUUAUGUGAUUAUGAGGCCAUUGAAACGUGAAUAUUUUUACAACCCUUGGAGGGGUGCAGCCACCAUAGGCGGAAGUCUCUUGUUGCUGCUCACUGUCACACAAACUGUAUGUGCUCUCAUCUCGGUCAUGAAGAAUUGGGAAUGA